CAUUAUACCGAACACAUCGUGUCGGAUCACUCUUCGCAAACAAAACAUGUCUGAAGAGCAGCAGGAAACACAAGACCCUCCAGGAGAAGGUGAAGCAGGAGAAGGUGAAGCAGGAGAAGGUGAAGCAGGAGAAGGUGAAGCAGGAGAAAGUGAAGCAGCAGAAGUUGAAGAAGCAGAAGGUGAAGUAGGAGCAGAUGAAGAUGAAAAUGAAACUGAGACAACUACUGGUGAUGAGACAUUAGAUGCUAAUAUGCAGGAAGUCCCAGAACAAGAGCCUGCAGGAGGUGCUGAGUCAUCUCCUGUAGAAUACACUGAAAAUGAAGCACAGACUGACUUUACAUUUAGUCCUACUGCAUCAAAUACAGAUAUAGCUCGUCAACUCUUAGAAACAUUGGAGGCAGAAGGUGCUGCAGAAGAACCGACUGAGACACAAGAUUUGGACCAGGAAAAAGAAGUAGAAGAGGAUGCUGACAAAGAAGCAACAGAGGGAGAAGAACAAGAAGGGGGAGCUGACACAGAAGUCACUGAAGAAGCUGCUGAUACAGAAGCAGAGCAAGCAGGUUCUGAACAGCAGGAAGAGACAGAAAUUGAUGAUUGGAUAAAGGAGAGAAAAGGGAAAAAACCAAAAGAAAGUAGGGCAAUGUGGGAUUAUUCCUUAUAUGCUCCAAUUUCAAUGGUACAAGACCAGAUUGUGGAAACUUAUGAGGACCUUGUACUGCCCAUCUUCACAAAAUUGUGUGAACCAAUGUGGGACUAUGAUCUCCUUGCUUCACCAUCUAUGCUUGAAUCCCAGGUUGAUGAAACAUAUGAAUUAAAAUUACAAUUAUCUUCAUUAAAAUGUGAACCCAUGUGGGAUUAUCAGUUAUCUGUGCCACCUGAAAUGGCAGAAGCUCAGGUAUAUUUUGAAGAGAAGGAAUUGCGGUUUGAGGUUUCAUCCUUAAAGUGUCAUCCAAUGUGGGAUUAUGAUCUUUCUGCACCUAUCCAAAAAGCUCCUGAAGAGAUUUAUUGGGUGCCAUCUUAUUUGAACUUUGUGGGUGUAACUCGUGAGAAAUUCUUUCACAUUGAAGAAACCCCUAACACAAAAUUUAUACAGACAGACUUGCAUUUUGAUCCCGAUAUUAUAAUUCAGCCAGAAGAUUUGUUGAGAGAGCCAGAUGAAGAAUAUGAAGAGAAGAGAAGAUGCUACACUGAUGCAAAGCAUGUUUCAGAAGAGAUUGCUGAUAUUGGGGAUGAAAGUGAUGAGACUUGGUAUCCAGAUUAUUUGAAUACAGGUGAAAUGAAAAAACCAUAUAAGCUUAUAGGUGAUAGGUGUGUGAUAGAAGAAGCAGAUUUAGAAAUUGCAACAGAUGAGGCAUUGGAAGCCAGAGGGAGUGAGAAUGAGGAACUUGCUGAUGAUGAGGUGACAUCAACUGAAGUUCAGACUGAUGUUGGCCUGGGAGAAUUACUUCAGUCAGAGUCAAUAUCAUCAGUGCCUGAUGCUGCAGAUCUACAAGGUGAGUUAACAAGUACACCAGAUGUAUUAAAUGAAUCUGAAGACCAACCAUUGGUUGAUGAUUCAGGGGCAUUAGAUAUACCAGAGGAAAGUGCACCAAUAGAAAGUGAAAUAGAAGUCUCUGGAGGUGAUGAAACAGUGCAAAAAGGUGAACCUGAUGUACCAUGGGCACUCCUAAGUGAAACAGCAGUAGCACCUCAACCAUUUCUUAUUCCUCAGGAAGAUGAUAUAUUAUCAACAGUGUCCCUAGCACCUACAGCAGAGAGACAAGAGAACAAAUUUAAUUUUGCAAUUACUCUUGGAGAAUCUGUGUGGGGUUUCCCUGAAUACAGUACAGAAGAGGAGAUUGCGUCCAGCACAGUUCUGCCACAGAAUGGUGAAGAAUUCACAUGGGUACCAGACAGCACUACUCCAUUUGAAUCAUCUGUGUUUGCACCUAUAUCUGAGGAGGAUGCUCUGCUUUUGGAAUCUGUACAAGUUGAUGAACCAUUGCAACGCACUGAUUCUGGCUCCUUCAAAGUCAUUGAUGUGUUAGAGACUGAAGAUUUAAGCAGAGAAAUGAGCAAGGAAAAUGAAACUGAAAAUGAAAUUGAAAAUGAAACUGAAUUCACACAAGAACAAAGAGAGCAUUCUCCAUCUCGUGGACCUGUCAUAGAGGUGGAAAUAACUAUGAUACCUUCAGCCAGUGGUCAAAAUUCCUCUGAGACUGCUCCACAGAUAGAGGUGGGAGUGGCUUGGGAAGCCCUUCCUGAAAGUCUUGCUGAUGGCCGUACUCCUGACAUUAUUGUCACUACUGUACUGGAAGACUCUAAAAAAUAGAUAUGGGGCAGCACUAGAAAGAGAUGACUGGGUUUCAAAGUCUCUUGUUCCAAUCAGUGGUUUUGAAAUAAUGCCCUAGUGGUAAAUGAAUGCUGUGGUAAAUAAAAGAAUGGAUAAAUUUUAUCAUACAGUGAAAAUAUAGAACGUUAUUUCAGUGA